AACCUUGUGGUUCACAAGCUCCCCAACCAAGACUACCAUGGCUCCCCAGACUACCCCCGCUGCCGGCUCGGCCCCCACCGAAGGCACCUUCCUCGUGAAGGCAGGCCUUGCCAAGAUGCUCAAGGGCGGUGUCAUCAUGGACGUGACGAACGUAGAGCAGGCGCGCAUCGCCGAGGAGGCUGGCGCCGUCGCCGUCAUGGCCCUUGAGCGCAUCCCCGCUGACAUCCGCGUGGACGGAGGUGUGGCCCGUAUGAGCGACCCGCAGAUGAUCGAGGCCAUCAAGAAGGCCGUGACCAUCCCCGUCAUGGCCAAGGUUCGCAUUGGCCACUUCGUGGAGGCCCAGAUUCUUGAGGCUGUUGAGAUCGACUACAUCGACGAGAGCGAAGUGCUGACCAUGGCUGACGAGGAGAACCACAUCAACAAGAACAAGUUCAAGGUGCCGUUCGUCUGCGGCUGCCGCAACCUGGGCGAAGCUCUGCGUCGUGUUGCUGAGGGUGCCGCCAUGCUGCGCACCAAGGGCGAAGCCGGUACCGGCAACGUCGUGGAAGCUGUGCGUCAUGCCCGCUCUGUGCAGCGUGAGAUCCGUCGUCUUGGUUCCAUGGACGAGGACGAGCUUUUCGUUGCUGCCAAGGAGAUGCAGGCUCCGUAUGAGCUGGUGAAGGAGGUUGCCACCACGGGCAAGCUGCCGGUUGUGAACUUCGCUGCCGGUGGUGUCGCCACCCCCGCUGAUGCUGCUCUCAUGAUGCAGCUCGGCAUGGACGGUGUGUUCGUCGGCUCGGGCAUCUUCAAGAGCGGUGACCCGGCCAAGCGUGCCCGCGCCAUGGUGCAGGCCGUGACCCACUUCAACGAUGCCAAGAUCCUCAAGGAGAUUUCUACUGACCUGGGCGAGGCCAUGGUCGGCGUGCAGGAUCUUAAGGCUGCCGCUGUCAACUUCCGUGACCGUGAGGGCGAGCUCCGUGGCGCCUGGUAAAUGGGCGCUUGAGCUUGCACUAUAGUACGGUUUAAUCUUGCUAUGGCUUAUUACGCACGAGAACUUGUUAGAAUACUGCAAGCUCACCGCUUUACACUGUCAAUAUAUUGAUAUUGCUCAAGUA